GCCUGUGUGCGCAACAAGGACGCACCUCUCCUCUGCUCUCCUCUCUCGGCUCGCAGGGCAGAGCUCGAUCUGCCGGGGAGAGAGGACAAGGAUCCCGGCAUGCAGCGGGGAGUAUGAAUGGAUACAUGUUUUUCCUGGAGCUGGGUCGGACUUGGCGCAUAUCUAAUGGAUGCUGAGAAUGACGCUGCUUUUUGAUCCAUGUUUUGCCUCAGUUCCCCUUCACAGGCUGAAUUAGGAUACAUUUUGAGUCCCAUAUGCAGCCUCGGCACUUGUUAAAUGACCUGUCCUCUCUGAGUCUCUGUGAACACAGUGACAGAGGAGGUUUCAGCGUUUCAAAAACUUUUUUUCCUGCCGGACUUUUUCCUGUCGGAGAUGGAGAUGGAGCCGGAGGAGGGGAAGGUCUCGGUGUGGGUCUGCCGGGAAGAAAAGCUGGUUUCUGGGCUUACGAAAAGAACUACCUGUGCUGAUGUGGUCAAAGUCCUGCUGGAGGACCAGAACCUGCAGCAAGGCGCCUCGGCAGCGAUGCUGUCCGGCUGCCCACAGUCCUACUGCGUGGUGGAGAAAUGGAGAGGCUUUGAGAGGAUUUUACCCAACAAGACAAAAAUCCUCCGACUGUGGAGCGCCUGGGGGGACGAGCAGGAGAACGUCCGCUUCGUCCUGGUAAAGAACGAGGCCUCGUUGCCAAACAACGGGCCCCGCAGCGCAGAGGCCCGCGUUGUCCCGAGCAGAGACAGCGGCGGUCCUGGAGGCGGUUUCAAGGGCACAGCUAAGACCUGCUGGACUGCUGCGGCCGCUGCUGCCAACAUGUCCCAGGAGAAACAGAGGCGCAUAGUCAGGAAGGCUUUCAGGAAGUUGGAUAAGAUGAACAAAAAGAAAGAACAGACUGUUUCUAAAGAUAAGGGCUCCGUGGAGAAGAUGGAGACGCUGGUUCACUUAGUCAUCUCCCAGGACCACACCAUCCGACAGCAGAUCCAGAGAAUCAAGGAGCUGGACCGGGAGAUCGAGCGCUACGAGGCCAAGGUGCACUUCGAUCGCAUCAAAAGACACGGGGUGAACUACGUGCAGGACACUUACAUGGUGGACUCUUCCUCGGAGGCUUCUGCUCCAUCGGAGUGUAAGCGCAAAGCGGAGCGGCAGGACGCGUGGUGCACGGUGGAGGCGUUGGCGCAGUUCGAGGAGUACGCGCGCAGGUGCGAGGAGGUGGUGCGGCUGCAGGAGGAGCUGACAGAGAGAGAGGCGCUGGUGGAGUGCAUCACAGGGGAGAUCCAGGAGGAGCUCAACCGACGGUGGAUGAAGAGAAGGAGGGAGGAGAGAGGAGCGGAGGCUGCCAAGGACUCUGACAGCGCCGCGGAGGACAUGUGUCUGGGCUCCUCCACCGCGCCAGCUAAGGACCCAGACGCGGAGAGUUUAUCUGAAAACGAGCUUGUUCUGGAAGAGGAGAGAAUCAAAACACAGCUGGACACCAGUCUGUACAUCGGCCUGCGACUGAAGACAGAUCUGGACGCCAUCAGGGGGGAUUUGGACCUUAGUCUGGCACUUUGGGAGACCAAGGAGACAGAACUUCUGGACCUUCUGGCCAAAGUUGAGACCAUGGAGAUUGAGCAGGUGGACAGCCAACUGACAGACGAUGGCAAGGGGGAGCUGGGUGCAGGGAGUGCUGACGAGCCAGCGUCCGCAGAGAAGAGCAGCGGCUGGGUGGAGCAGGCCAGGGGUUUGUCCAAAGCCUGCAACACGAACGAUGAGGACUCUGACACAGGCUUGAGCUCCAUGCACAGCCAGGACUCUGACAACCCACCUGUGUGCGAGUCCCUGGUAUAGACUCCUUUCAUUUAAAUCACCUUGAACUUUUAUGCAAUUGAAAGCCACAUACUCAGGGGCACAGAGCUAGUGUUGGCAGUGACAGGGGGAUGUUCUCCCCUAACCGAAAUGCACCUCAGUAAGUACACUGUAAUCCUAGAGCAAUAACUCUUCUCUGUAGAUGCACAAUAAGCUAGCAGGGCCAGCAUGCUUAUGCAGAUGUUUGGUAGCAGCGCAUUCACAGCUGACCUUUGACCCCAGGAGGAGGUUCAUAAGAAAUAGCCUACAGUGCUAAGCCACUUGUGAUAUGUAGUCUUCCAUAAGAAACUCUCUUUAAGGUGUUCUGUGUCAGGAUGCAUUAACUGAAUAAGUGACUGACAUGUCAUCAUGGUGUGAGCCUUUAAUAUGCACACUAUACACUGUACAGUAAGGUCAGUUAAAACACGUGUCUUCAAUCUACACCAAUACUCAAAGAUCAGCUCCCUUUAUCUGUCACAUGAAACAUUAUUUAAACCCGGGGUGUCAAACUCAUUUCAGUUCAGGGGCCACAUACAGCCCACUUUGAUCUGGAGUGGGCCAGACCAGUAAAAUCAGAACAUAAUAACCAAAAAUAACGACAACAAAUGCUUCCCUUUUUUUAGUGCAAGAAAAGUACAUUCUAAAAAGGUUCACAUUUACAUAAACAGCUGUUGUGUUUUUCUCCAUGAUGAGUCUCAUAGUGGGCUGAAUAUUAUAUUCUUUAACCUGCUGGGAACACACCGAGCACACAGGUUACCCAUUCACCUGACACAGUAGUGAAAUGUGUACUGCAAAAGAACAGAUAGAUUAUAACAGAUAGGACACAUUUGAAAUAAUAAUUACUUUUAUUGAAAAAUUGCAGUUAAUGUCUUCUCUGUAAUUUUUUCCCUUUGCAAAGUCAUUCGGGAUGCAUGUUUGACACCCCUGAUGUAAACCAUUGCUCAAAGAUCAGCUCCCUUUAUCUGUUACAUGAAACAUUAUUUAAGGACUCAGUGUUCAGAUUUUUAAUCAGAAUGGGGCCAAAUCAAAAGUGCACACUUCUUUUGAAUCAGAGCGUAGUCCUUAGUAUAAAACAAGACUGUCCUGAGGUCGUGUUUAUUUGAAGAUAGAUGCCUGCAUCAUCAUCCUCCCUUCAUCCCUUCACCUUUAUGAGUGUUUCUUUGUUUUUAAAAGUGUAGCCCUUUAAAAUCAAUCAAACAAUCAAUCUUUAUUUGUAUAGCUACAAAUCACAACAAACGUUAUCUCAAGACUCUUUUACAAACAGAGCAGGUCUAGACCACUCUAUGUCAAAUUAUAAACAGAGACCCAACACCAAGACAGGAUAAGACUCAGUCUGACCCCACCUUAAUCCACCAUGAGCAUUGCACCUUGCAGUAUUUAGUUACAGCGGAGAGGACAAACUUCCUUUAACAGGCAGAAACCUCAAGCAGAACCAGAUUCAUGUUAGACAGACAUCUGCCUCCACUGAGUUGGGUCUGGAAAGAGGGAUAGAGGAGAAUAAGAGAGAGAGAGAGGGGGCGGUGAUAGUGAUGAGACGAGUAGAAUACAAUACAAACUCAAAGCUCCUCAUCAAAGUGUUUAAAGUCAGCGUUUAAGCUCAGUAAAGAGUGAUGUUUGAAGAUAGUAUGAUUGAAUUUAAAGAAACAUGUCGUAAAAAGCAUCUGAAUUGAAUUAUGCACAAUUAUCAUUAUUAGUAUUUUUCAUGUCUCUUUGGGAGCACCCCGUUUGGUAACUGUUGAUUUAAAGACUGUAGAAGGAAGAUUUAGUAUUGUUGUAACAGCUGAGGAGAGAUCAGGGCGGAGCUAACACCAGGAGUUUUAUUUAAGGGAUACUCCGGCAGCAUCCAGAGUGUUUCCCUUCUGUUAAUGUGGGGGACUCACACGAGACAGAUUUGAAACAGAGUGGUUAUGACAGCAGAGAUAUCCUGAUUUAAAGUCCCAGAAUGGAUUAAGCUGCUUAAACACAGGGUCCCACAUUUCCAAUAAUGCAACAUGUGCCCACAUUCUUUCCUUUUUUUACUACCAGACUUCUAAAUUGGAAGGCAGGGCUUUAGACAAACAUUAGAUAACCCCAUGACAUCAUCAGGAUUAUCUCAAACUUUAGAGUGCUCCCCCCAGAGCAACGCAAGACAUUAUACAACUAUUUUCACUGGCUCAGUAGUUCUGCAUGUGACAACCCAGCGGAUGAUCAUGUGUGAAACGGAGCACAGUCAAGUUAUUGAUCAUUAUUAUUAGUUUGACUGUUCCAGCGCAGGUGGCUUGUUUCCCUGCAUCCCUCUCUCUCUCGUCUGUGGAUAAUUCAACAGACGAGUUCUUAUCAAGGCUCAGUAUGACUAUCACAGCAAACAAACCAGCAACACAAACAUAAGAGUGCCCGUUUAACAUGACACUGAAGUGGAUGAUGGUUCAAAUGUUAUGUUUCUUGUCUGAUUAAUAAUUUGUACUAACACUGUAAAGGAGAGUCAGAGAGUCACAUGAAGGAUCCUCUCUAAAGUCUUGCUUCACCUCCUGGGUUUCCUCAUUGAAGUCACUGGAUGAUGCUGUUUAGUUGUGUCGUGUUAAAAGAAGUGUGACAGAUACGUAAGUCUGAUUUAAAACAGCAAUGUAUGCUUUAUAUCCGGGCCAUCUGAGAGCUCAGAAAUCUGUCAGAGUGAGUUUUAAAAUGUGUUUGGGAGAAAUGCCCUGAUUCAGUAAUCCCACAGUUCCUGCAUCUCUUAACACCGUGACUUUGAGAGACACUAUUUUAAGCCUUAGAUCGCUUUAACACUGCUCAAAACGUUGGUGCAGUAUGAGUGCUUCUAGUACACUUUUCUAGGAACUGCAUCAGGAAAUAAAACUACCGUAAAACUUAACUUGUGUUCAGCUCUUGACUAUAUCACUGUGUAUUUUUGAGGCUGUUGUGAUGUCGAUUCUAACAUGUUGGACUUUUACUGUUAAACGGUGAGGAUGCACAUCCUUGAAGUGUUUCUGUGGCUGUUUGCUGUAUCCAAACACAAAAGCAACCCAUGUGUAGCUAAUUAUAUCACUUGAUAGUUUGGGCCUCUCAGACGGUCACAUUCAGCCUGCAUGGUUCUCGGUCAGCAGUCAGAAGACUCACCUGCACCGAGGCUGCAUCGAGGUAGCAGCUAGCACGUUAUUACAUGUGACUGUUACUGAAAUAAAGAGACAAACGUU